CAAACCUGGAAGCCCUCGUAGUAAGAUCAGGUGACUUGUCAAGUGGGCGUAUAUUUGUCAACAGCAAUUGGGCGUAUUUUGCAGCAGUAAUUGGGCGUAUUUGUCAGCAGUGAUAGCAACAGAUCUGGAUGGAGUAAAAAGAAGAAUGAAUCUUUUGGCAGAAAAUAACCUUUGUGGGCAAGUUUUACUCCGCUUAGUUGCAAGAGGUAAUUCAAUUAUUGCCGAACUACUCAGGUUGUCUGGAUAUGUUCCACAAGUUUUCAGAUUAGAAACAAAAGCUGAGCAGCAGAAGUAUGGAGAUGUUGUACUUGAUUUUACGUACUUCAAAGCACCAGAAGGUUUUAAUAAGAAAAUAGAAGAUUCACAGGUACUUUCUGAUAUAGAUGAUGAAAUUAGGGAAAGUCAUUCCAGUAUUACAGGAAGGAUAUACUCUGCAUUUGAGAGCAUCCAUCGAUAUGUCACAGAGCUUAACACUUAUCUACAGGACUUAAAUGAAGGUCUUUAUAUUCAGAGAACUCUAGAAAAUGUGUUUACAGAUGAGGAUGGGAAGCAACUCAUGUGUGAAGCCCUAUAUUUGUAUGGGAUCAUGUUAUUAGUAGUUGACUCGGUUUUCCUGGGUUUAGUUCGUGAAAGAAUUAUUGUGGCUCAUCACCGCCAUGCUGGCCAGAAAGCUACCAGUGACACAAAUAUCGACGAUGUUUGCAAGCUUCUUCGAUCUACAGGUUACUCUAAUGUUCCUGGAACGCGAAGACCUGCAAAUUAUCCGGAGGAGUAUUUCAAGAGAGUUCCACUGCCCAACAAUUACCUGAGUCUAGUGAUAGGCCAUUUGAGAUCAGAUGAUAUAUAUCAUCAGGUCCAAGCAUAUCCAUCACCAGAACAUCGCUCUGCAGCAUUGGCUAAUCAGGCUGCUAUGCUGUACGUAUGUCUUUACUUCACUCCAUCAGUGCUACAUUCCCAGACAGCCAAAAUGAGGGAGAUUGUAGAUAAGUACUUUCCUGAUAACUGGGUGAUCAGUUACUACAUGGGGAUGACAGUUAACCUGAUUGAUGCAUGGGAACCUUACAAAGCCGCUAAACAAGCACUGAACAACACCUUAGAGGCUGCAAAUAUUAGAGAACAGGCAUCAAAGGUUGGUGCAAAAGUUAUCAACUUAGUGAAGCGAACAGACCAGUUGUUGAGUGAGGGGUCCAUGAGUGAAAGUAGAGUGCUGGAUCACAGCAACAGGAUUUUAAAUUUGCUUCGAGAGUGUAAUGUAACGUUGCGUUGGGUGAUUCUUCACGCAGCCUCUCUUGGUAAAACUGGUGGAGAGGGCAAUAAACGAUGUAAAACUAUUAGAGAGCAGGCUGUGAGUGAUAUGCAGUAUUCUUCAAUUCUGAUUCCAUCUGUUGUUGAAUACAGCAAUUUGGAAAAUGAUCUUAAUCAAACAUACAAGAAACUUGUUGAAGAAAAGGCAGAGAGAUGGGACAAAUACAGGAAAGAUGCUAAUGACCAUGUUUUGGAGCUAGCAGAGGUGUUUGCAGGUAGCCGACCUCUUGCAAGAGUUGCCAAAAAUGAUCGUCUAAACAAGUGGUUCAAGGACACAGGAGAGCAGAUAAUGGGACUUGGCUUGGAAGAACCGAGCACUGCGGGAAGGAAAAUUAUUCAACUAAUACAAGCACUAAAAGAAGUGAAAGAAUUCCAUGGUUUGGAAUCAAGCGCAGGAGUGGUACAAGCUGUCGGAGAGGUGGUCAGCUGCCUUCAGACGCUAGUCAAAGUUGCAGGAGUAGCAGAGGAUAAUCUUGUGACCCUUUCAUUGAUAUCGGACUUUAGUUACUCAUGGAUAUUGGUUGAUGAAUAUACAAAAAUAAUGCAGAGUGCCAUUAAAAAGGACCCUUCGCAUGUAGCAAAAAUGCGAGCCACCUUCCUGAAAUUGUCAUCUGGCUUGGAUCUCCCUCUUCUUCGAAUUAACCAAGCACGCAGCCCUGAUUUAAUAUCUGUGUCAGCGUAUUACUCUGGAGAAUUGGUUUCUUAUAUAAGAAAGGUUCUUCAGAUCAUUCCAGAAACAAUGUUUGGUCUCUUAGCCAAGAUAAUUAAGCUUCAGACUGAAAAGAUUAAACCUGUGCCAACUCGGCUGGACAAAGAUAAGUUGAGAGACUUCGCUCAGUUGCAAGAACGAUAUCAGAUGGCAGAAUUAAGCCAUGGUGUAGCAGUUCUUGCUGAAGGUGUUGCAAUGAUGGAAAUACAUUUAGUUGGUGUGGUCCAAGUAGACCCUCGUCGUCUGCUGGAAGAUGGCGUUCGCCGAGAGCUCGUUUUACUUGUUGCUAAAAUAUUGCACGAAGGACUUACGUUCAACACAAAAGUAAAGGAAAGUGAAUUGUACAAACGUCUUGCCUUGGUUGGUCAACAGAUGACAGGCUUCUGCACUUCCUUUGAAUUCAUCCAAGAUUACAUUAGUAUGUAUGGCCUCAAGAUAUGGCAAGAGGAGAUGUCACGAAUUGUUAACUAUAAUGUAGAACAGGAGUGCAAUCAGCCGAAGAAGAAAAUCUCAGAUCAUGAGAGUGUCUACCAAAGCACAGCGAUACCCAUUCCAAAGUUCCAGCCUACUGAUCCUCAGUCAGUCAAUUUCAUUGGCAGACUGGUGAGGGAGAUUCUGCGAAUUACUGAUCCCAAGACAACUGUGUACAUCUCACAGCUCGGAACAUGGUAUGACACACGAACGCAUUCUGAAGUGUUAUCAAUGACUGUCUUGGCUAAAAUUGAAUCAAGCAUCAGCACUGCAGGACUUACAGGAGUCGACAAGUUGUUAGCAUUCCUUAUUGUAACUGAACUUCAGAAUCUUGUCCAAGAAAUGACUAAUUGUACCAAAGAUGCUGGCAUAAAAGACCUUUUGAAAGCGAUGAGUCAACAGAUUUCUCCUAGCUCUAAUGUAAUAGGCCAACCACAGCGACAUUACAGCGCUGGAUACAGCGAUCCUCCAAGUUAUCUAACCUUGUAAUUGACCGUGUGAUGAGAGUGGGACAAAUGCAGGUUCUUAGGCUCCAUGCAGCUAAUCGUCUGAUUUCAUCGUGCCAGUUUGAUUCUAAGUAUUUAGCUUCAGCACUGUCCACUAUGAACCAGUCCUUGAUGGCUGAUGUGAAACGUCAUUACAUAGAUCCAACUCGUCCUUAUCCUGACGAGGACGGCACUCUUACGAGUGAACUGAGCACUUAUUUAGAAUGGUGUGGUAUGACUCAGCCUUUGGAAAGAAUAUAUAUAA